AUGAUCAAUAAAUCAAUACAAUCUAAUAGAAACAUAAUUCUUUCUUCUUAGAAUAGUAAAGUAAUUUUAAGCAAACAACAAAUAAAAGAAGAUAAUUAAUUGAUUAAAAGAAAGACUUCAAAAGGAUAUCCAUUUAAAGAGCAAAUCAACCUUCAAAAAAGUAAAAACCAUCUAAAUGAAAGAAAUUCCAUGGUUAGUUUAGAAUCAAUUUCUAAGUUCUAAACUUGUAAAAAAAUAAUGAGUCCCAAUAUUAUGAUCUCAAAUAGGAAACUUUUUAUUUCAAGUAGGAAUAGUAAAAAAUGUUAAGAGUCAGUAAGCUAAGAACCAAUUUUAUAAUAAUAAGGUAAGAUAAAGACAAAUCAAUAUGGAUAUCGAGUAAUGAUUAACAGAACUAACAGGAUGUCGACUAUGUAGAUAGAAGAGGAGGUGAAGUAAUAAUCUCCUUAAUUUAAUACAUAUAAAGAUCCUGAAACAUUUACUGAUUGGGUUGAAAAGAUUUAUGGAAAACAAUGGUUUUAUUGA